AUGGCAACCACCGCAGAGCAAUCGGAAGUCGACGAGCAGUUCGAGGACGCGAGCGAGGUCAAAAGUAACUCGAAACGGGAAUCCUCCUCAUCGGAUAAACCUCCGUCAAGUGCCAAUGACGAGGAGCAAGCGAAGGCUCCGCAGAGAGAAAGCACACAAAGCACAGAAUCCAAGAUACCCGAUAUAACCACGACCCUCUCAGGGUCCGAUGUUGACACCAAGAAUGAAUUGGAGACAUCUGCACUAAAGCCUACCGAAUCUUUAAGCAGCACCUCCGGCGACCCGACUGAGAAGGCCGCUCCUCCCAAGCCGCCGUCUCGUCCCUCGAGAUUCCAGGGUUUCGCUUCCUCGCUGCCUUCAGUGCCUUGGGGAGCUCCUCCUCCUCCUCCCAAGAAGUCCCCCAGUGACGCCCGGGCUCCCUCUCCUCAAGGGCCUGCACCACCACAGCCUCAAGCUACUUCAACAUGGAGUCGCAAAGCUACCACACCGUUUGGCUGGCUCAGCCGUGCGACAUCCGCUCCGAAAGAAACUCGGUCCCCUCCCUUACCCUCGAGAUCCCAGCUUGACACCCGGCGGAAUACCGCAGCGUCCACAUCGACCCUGGGAAGCAAUCCUGACCUAAUGCUAAAGGCCCUGGAAGAGGCACAAGAUGGCUCGGCCGGCGCGAAACGGGCGUCGCUACGAGAGCAGUUCAAGAUGCUGCGCAUGCGAGAAGAAGCUGGAAUAACAAGCCUGGAGGGGACAGAGCCAGCCGAGGGUGGCGCAAUAGCUGGUUUAAUCGGUCGGUCUACCAGCUUAAGUGUGGGGAUAGCAACACCUGGCACCGUCAACGCGGAUGAGAAUGUUGUCUCUACUCCUAUCAUGUCCCCCACAUCGCCCAUGGCUGAACCACUCCCUACAAAUCCGAACCUCCCUCCUGGCACUGUGUCGGGCGUCGCUGCUGCAGCUGCGGACACAGCCAUACCCAUCGACUGGGAUUUCUGGCAGAAUGUCGUCAAUGAAGGUCCGCAAGCUGUCGCCCGAACGAGUCCCGAUGAGUUCACCCAAGCCAUCAGUGGUGGCAUCCCGCAGACCAUCAGACCGGUCAUAUGGCAGGUACUAGCAGGCAGCAAAAAUGAGGAGCUUGAAGCCGUCUACUGGGAGCUCAAGUCGCGAGAACCAGCAAAAGACGGCAUGCCCAAGUCACCACUGCUCAACGGCAACCUUAACGGCAGCGUCAAGGAGAAGGAAUCUACCGCUUCGUCGAGAUCGUCGAUAAGGUCCGAUCAUUCGACGCCAGCCACGAGCUCCAAUGUCGGAGUUGCAUCACCCUCUCCUUCCCACGAAGCUACAGACCCGCUGAGUACUGCCCGCCUGCAGACCCAGUUGGCAGCAGAGAGAGCGAAGAAGGCCAAGGAGGACUCCGCUGCGCUGUCAAAGCUUGAGAAAGCCAUCAAGCGAGACUUGGGCUCAAGGACGAGCUACUCAAAGUAUGCGGUAGCAGCUGGCCUACAAGACCCUCUGUUCCAUGUGCUCCGGGCAUACGCACUCUUUGAUGACGCUGUGGGAUAUCCCCAGGGAAUGAACUUCAUGGUCAUGCCACUCCUAAUUGCCAUGCCGCAAGAAGAAGCGUUUUGCCUGCUGGUUCGCCUGAUGAACAAAUACCAGGUCAGGGAUCUCUUUAUCCAGGACAUGCCUGGCUUGCACCUUCACCUUUAUCAAUUUGAACGAUUACUGGAAGACCUGGAACCCGCUCUAUACUGUCACCUAAAGCGGAGAGACGUCACCCCCAAUCUCUACGCGACUCAAUGGUUUCUGACGAUGUUCGCGUAUCGGUUCCCUCUUCAACUCGUCAUGCGUGUGUACGACCUGGUUCUUUGUGAGGGUCUCGAGGGCGCCAUUUUGAAGUUCGGCGUGGCAGUCAUGCAGAAGAACGCUGCCACGCUACUGAGCAUGCAAGACAUGCAGAGCCUCACCAACUUCCUCAAGGAGAAGAUCUUUGACGCCUACAUCGAUGCGACACCAUCAUCCAAAUCGCUACUGGAAUCCGGCUUCUUCGGCAGCUCGGGAGGAUCGGAAAAUGAAGUCUAUCGAGCGGACCUUCUGGUGCAAGAUGCCUGUGCCGUGAAGCUUACACCGGACAUGUUGAACCGCUACCGCGAGGAAUGGGAAGCGACAACCAAAGCCGACAAGGCGCGUGAAACCGAACUGGAGAACCUCAAGACUGAUUGCGCCACGAAGGCCGCACAAAUCCGGUCGUUGGAACAGAGGGCCGAAAAGUCCGAUGCCGAACACAUCGAAAUUGCCAACGAGCUGGUUCGGCUGAAAGUCGAGAAUAAUGAGCUCCAUGACCAGAACGAAAGCCUGACCGGCCAAGUCGCGGAACUGAAGAAGGUCGCGGAAAGCGAGGCAGCAAAUGUCGAGGAAAGACUCAAAGCGACCACCGAGCAAGUCAUGCAGCGCAACAUCGAGGUGCAGAAUGAAAAUCGUCAUAUGGAGGAACAGAUGGCAGAGAUGGAACGGGAGCUCGUCGCGAUGAAGCUAAAGUAUGCUGAGCUCAAUGCCGAACACGAAGGGCUCAAGCAGAAAUGGAACGACCUGAAACGAGCUCUCGAAUAG